UCUCAAACCCAAAAAAAUGAUUCAUGAUGAUUUUUACGACACUUCCAAUGAUUAUUUAUUUGCGACUGAAAAUCAGGAAAUUGUGGAUUCUCCAAGUGUUACACUUGAUGAACAGACCCAAAAUGAUCAAUUACUACCUAAAAUCAAGGAUAAACCAGAAAAUUGUUCAAAUUUACCAAAUAACGACGAAAAUGAAGAUGAACUCAAUUCAGCAAUUCCAUCCUCCGAAACAAUUUCAAUUUUAAAAAAAUAUUUUGGAUUUUCAAAAUUUCGUCCUUUACAAUACCAAAUUGUCCAUUCAGCAAUUCUAAAAAGGGAUCAACUUGUUGUGAUGUCCACUGGCUAUGGAAAAAGUAUUUGCUAUCAAAUGCCUGCUCUUUUACAAGAAGGACUUAUUACUUUGGUUGUUAGCCCGCUAAUAUCUUUAAUGGAAGAUCAAGUGUUUGCUUUACAACAAGCAGGAAUUGAAGCAGCUUAUUUGGGAGGAAAUUCAAAUAUACCUCGUGAUGUUAUUUUCGACCAAAUUAGAAUGAAUAAAUUGAAAAUUUUGUAUAUUACACCAGAAAUGUAUGAAUGUUCGCCAAGCUAUGUUGAUCGAAUUGCUCAAUUUGUUGGCCUCUUGGCUGUAGACGAAGCUCACUGUAUCUCUGCUUGGGGACACGAAUUUAGACCUGGCUAUAGAACAAUUGCAAAUAUGAGAAAAUCUUUACCUAAAGUCCCAGUUAUGGCCUUAACUGCUACAGCAACAGAACCCGUUAGAAAUGAUAUUGUGGAAAAUUUGAGGCUGGUAUCGCCUAAAAUUACUGUGACAGGUUUUGAUAGAAAAAAUCUUUUCAUUGAAGUCAAGAAACGAACACAAUCGCUCACUUUCCAAAGAGCCGUUCAAAACGAUUUGGAAUCCCUUUUAAUUGAAGAUCCCAAACUUGGGUUACAUUUUGGUGGCUCUACUAUAAUUUAUUGUCAAAGUAGAGAUCAUGUAAAUCAAAUAACAGAACAAUUAAGAAAAAUAGGAGUUCGUGCAGUAGGUUAUCAUGCAGCAAUGUCAAAUAAACAAAGAGAAAAAUCCCAUAAAGAAUUUUUAACAGAAAAGGCAACAACAUGUGUUGCAACAAUUGCUUUUGGAAUGGGAAUUGAUAAAAGAGAUGUUAGAAAAGUUAUACAUUAUGGAUCACCUGGAAAUAUUGAAAGUUAUUAUCAAGAAAUUGGAAGAGCUGGACGUGAUGGAUUCCCUAGUAGAUGCAUAGUAUUUUACUCUAAUAGUGAUAUGCUUAUACACAAGUUUGUUUAAAGUUUAUUUUGUUUUUUAAUUUGUGGACGAAACUUGCGGCGGAUGGUCUUGCGGACGAUGUCAUCCUCCUCAACUUGAAAUUUUUUUGAGACCUCAGUGACCAUUAAGUAAUCCGCUCUUUUCGAUUUUUCAAACCCCAACUUGACACAAAUUCGUAUCCUGUGUAUAGAAUACUUCUUAAAAAUCGUUUGAAUGGGACAAUAUAUGAAUAGGAUAUUCUGAAUUAAAAAUUUGGC